UUUUCAAUUUUAACUCCAGAUGACUUUCUUUUCAACUUACAAAGUUCAUUUCCUCAUCUCUUCUUCAAACUCAGUAAAACCUCACCAAGUUCAAACUCUCUGUCUCGUCUUUGAAUUUCUGCAGUAAAUCCCAAAGCCCAAUUUUGCAGCACGAUCGAAAUUGGGAGGAAUGGCAGCGAAGCAAAUGGAAGAAAUACAGAAGAAAUUGGGAACAUUGAAUUACCCAAGAGCCAAUGCCCCUUCUCAGUCCCUUCUCUUUGCCGGCAUGGAACGAUACGCCCUCCUUGAAUGGCUCUUCUUCAAGUUAUUAGGGGACAAGUCACCAUUUUCUCAACAAAAUCUACAAGGGGAUGCCGUGGAUCGCGAUGAAGAGACUUCUCGCAUUCAGUAUUUAGCAGAGAUUGCAAAGUUUCUAGGCAUUACUACUACUGUUGAUCCAGAAGCCAUCCAAGUGCGUUCUAUUGCCUCUUUCUUUUCUUCCUUUUAGAUGCAUAGUAUACUU